AGACACAGUGUAACGAGACGAGAGGAAUCACAAGCUGCACACAGUGAUCAAGGAGCGAAUCUGUUGCGUCUGACUCAACCUGUACAACAGCAGCUAAGAGGGAUUAAGGAAGUAAACCCGACAUGUGGACUGCACGACUACCAGCAGCUCUGUUUAUCGUCUUCUUUCUCCGCACACAUUAUGUCUCAGGCUCCUAUCCCCGAGCACAGAAUGUCACUUGGAAAUCUACCAACUUUAAAACAUUUUUGACCUGGGAGCCCAAGCCAUCAGUGGAGUACUCCUACACAGUGGAAUUCUCCGUGGUUGGUGGAAACAAACAGAGGAACCCUCACUGUAUCCGGUCCUCAGCGACACUGUGUGAUCUGUCCAGCUCUCUGACUGAUCUGAAUAGCUCCUACACGGCUGAUGUUCUGUCUGAACCCCCACUUGGAGCCACCUCUGACCUCACCGAGUUCCCGUACACCAGCGCACCACGAUUCUGCCCUUACAAAGACACUGAUAUAGGCAAACCUGAAUUCAAGGUGGAGGUCAGUGAAGACAAAAAGAAGACCACCCUGUAUGUGACUGACCCACUCACUGCCCUGUUUAAAGAUGGACGCCAGCUGAAUAUCAGGGAUAUCUUCUCUGACCAGUUGCAGUAUAAAGUCACUUACCGGAAAAAUAAGAGCACUGGCAAGAAAUUCUACAGCUCCAAGAGCAAUGUGAUAGAGCUAACUGAUCUGGACCAAGGGGAGAGCUACUGCUUCAGUGUCCAGGCUUACAUCCCCACCCGCAGCAUUGACAAGCAACUGGGAGAGCUAAGUCAGACCCAGUGCUCCAAUGAUGACGGCAAGUCCUUCUUUGAAGUGUAUUCUGUGGGUGUGAUCGCUGGUGCCAUCUUCAUCAUCCUGUUGCUGAUUGGCCUCAUUAUUACUGUCACAGUGAUCUGCUGCAAGCGCAGGAAGAAAGCUCUGAAAAGUGGCAAAGAAGGACUGCCACUCCGUGAUGUAUAGUGCUUUCCAUUAUACACAAACAUUACUGUGGAAACAUGCGGUACAGCUGUGGUCUGAAAGAAAGCAGGAGGGCACACCUGGUUCAACAUUCCACUGUCAGACACUGGAAUCAAUCCUUCCUUUAGUUUCUGUGAAACUGCCAUUGAAUAUGUUGAAUGUAUUUGAUUUAUUUUUCUUUUCAUUUCACGCUGCAGAAAAAGAGACUUCAGGAAAACAAAACUCCUACUGCACACACUAGUGAUAUUGCUGAAGCUGUAAUAUUCCAUUCUCUGUCUUUUAUAUUUGGUGAGUGGUACUUCUUAUGACUGUAGAUGUAUGCUGCUACCUGACUUUAUUUAUUUCAUUUUAUAGUGUACUUUUUAACCUAAUAUGAUUGUCAUAAUUAAGAUUUUUUGGGAGACUGGUGAAAAGCAACAGUUUAUGGGAAAUUAUGACCAAGGACAUAUUUUUGUAUCUGAUGUUUAAUUUAUUCUGUUUAAUUGAAAUAACAAAUUUGUGUAUGAUGCUUUUUUUAGCUGUGUUAUACUGCAAAUUGUCACAGAUGAUUAUAUAAUGUGGUGAAAUGUUGUAAUAAAAGUAAUAAAUAUUUUAAAGAGGA